CUCAGGUGUCUGAGCAUUCAACUGCACAUUCACUCCGUUGGUCUUGUAGCCAUUGGAGAAAGCAUUAUCAGCCUAAGCAGUUGCUAAGCAAGUGGUGCUGCUCGGCGAUGGCGUCGAAGUCUGUGUCGGGUCUGUUCUUGAUCACCAUCUGCGUCAUUGUCUGCUGUGUGAGUUGCUUCGAGUUCGAGGUUGGUGGGCCUGAGGGAUGGGUGGUUCCCCCGGCAAAUGACUCUAAGCUGUACAAUGAUUGGGCUUCCGAGAACCGGUUCCGAGUCGGCGACAACAUCCAUUUCAAGUACCUGAAGGACUCGGUGAUGGCGGUUACGGAGGCAGAGUACAAGAAGUGCAACUCGACUCGCCCAGCCUUUUUCUCCAACACUGGUAACACGGUCUACGUCUUCAACCACUCUGGGUCCUUCUACUUCAUCAGUGGAGUCUCGGGCCACUGUGAGAAGGGGCAGAGGAUGAUCGUCAAGGUCAUGUCCUCCGAUGAGUCGGAGUCCGGCAGGGGCAGCUCUCCUUCAUCUUCAUCUGCAGCUUCUCCGGUUGCACCAGCAGAACUCUUCCCAGUCUUUCCCGCCUCAAUGCUCGUUCCUUUUGUGUUGGCUCUGGCUCAUGUUGUUUCUGUCAGUUUUUAGUUUGUUCAGUGAAAAACAGGUAGCAGGUUCGAUUUGUUUCGUCUUCCUAUAGUUUUUCAUUCAAUUCUGUUUCGUUUCCGUUUUAUUCCUGUUGAUGCUAUGCAGAGCUUGCUCUGCUUUUA